GCCACCGAAAAGACCGGUUCCUUAAGUCCCGCCACUAAUGCCAGAAGCAGUUCAACGCAAGUGACGAUCAAUAUUAAGGAUGUCAACGACAAUAUCCCACACUUUGAUCAGGACUUAUAUUACGGGUCAGUGUCUGAAAGCGCACAGAAGGGCACAUCCGUAGCCAAAAUCAAUGCCCGAGAUAUCGAUUCAGGAAUCUAUGGGACGACAGGUAUUCGUUAUACAGACAUCAGAGGAGAAAUGUCUUCCGCCUUGAAUUUGGAUCCAAUUUCCGGUGUCAUAACUGUCAAGACAUCGGAGUAUAAGUUCGAUCGGGAACUGUCGGCCCAGCACUUCCUUAUAGUGGAGGCCCGCGAUGCUAACGGCGCCGGCAAUCGAAAUACCGUUCAAUUAGUGUUGAAUAUAACUGAUGUGAACGACUGUCGGCCCAAAUUCUUUCACGACAAAUACGAGGCCCGGGUCUAUGAAAACAGCCAUAACUUUGAACAGCCCUUACGUAUCGCCGCCUUCGACGAGGACGCCAUCGGAACAAAGAAUUCAGAGAUUAGAUACCAAAUACUUCCCACCCAUGAGUUAAACCAAUUGAAUCAAUACUCAAACAAUUUUACAAUUGACGAGAUUUCAGGCCUUUUGGGCAUUCAAGAGCCCCUGGAUUUUGAGUCAAUCCCUGGCCCUAAAAGUGAUUCUCGUAAUAUAACGAUAACAGUGCGCGCCUACGAUUUGGGUGAACCGCGCCUACACUCCGACACACCAGUCAUUAUCCAUGUCUACGAUCGCAACGACUUUGCGCCGGUAUUCACGAAAAAUUUGUACACAAAGUCCAUACCGGAAGACAUAAGAGACGGGUCGAUGGUAUUGCAAGUGUCGGCGCUGGACGGCGACCACUCGACCGUCAAUUCGCGAGUUUAUUACCGAAUAGUUUCGGGCGCUUUCGACAAAUUCAUAAUCGACGCCAACUCGGGUGUCAUAUCAGUGGCCACCGGCGCUAACUUAGACCCCGAUCGCUCCCAUCCCAAGCAACUCUCAUAUCUCAUUCACGUCAUGGCUCUGGACUCGAGUUUCGGUUCAGAGCAACGGUCGUCCACCGCGAGCGUCAACAUCACUAUAGUUGACGUCAACAAUAAGGCUCCAGAAUUUGGUGACAUUCCGGUGGCUGUUGUGCCCGAAGACGCACCCAAUCAGCACUUCGUGACCAGAGUUACGGCAACCGAUUUGGACGACAAACCAGUUCUUCGGUAUUCUAUAGAUUACGCUCGAAGUGAAGCCCGCAAUGAGUUCGGGGCUACAGUUGACUACAACCUGUUCGCCGACAGCUUUACCAUUAAUCCAUUGGAUGGGACGGUAAGAGUUGUAAAGAUCCUCAACCGUGAACUCUGGGAUCAGAUUAAGCUGUAUGUAGUGGUGGAGGACAUCGCCGCCGCAACUAAAGGGCAAAAAGCCAAAGCCAUACUAACCGUACAAAUAUCUGAUGUCAACGACAAUAGACCACAAUUUCUGCAACAUUUAUACCGGGGAAUAAUCACUGAGAACGCUGUGGCCGGCACUCCCAUCCUCACAGUCAAUGCAGACGACGCCGACACUAACAAAUCGGUCAUCUAUUCACUGGAAGGCAGACAAGAAUUGCUGCAAUUAAUCAAAAUAAAUCACAAGACCGGAGAAGUGGCCGUUUCUGAGCGAAUAGAUAGGGAACGCUAUUCUUGGAUUAACGUCACCGUAAGGGCUACCGAUACCGGUCAGCCCCCACUCACUGGCCUCUCAUUACUGUCCAUACAAGUUCUCGAUGAGAAUGACAACAAUCCUGUGUUUGUUGGCGAACAGAGACAGGCGUUUGUGGUCGCGGAGGACGCGCCCAUUGGUUCACUCGUAGCGCAAGUUAACGCUCGCGAUGAGGACUCCGGUGUUUUCGGCAAAAUUACUUAUUUAUUAGACGCCAGCUCUACGUUUGGAAAGUUUAAGAUCGAUAGGGAAACGGGCGCGAUUGUUGUGUCAAAUGUUUUGAAUCGGGAAGACAUGUCUCAAUACAAGCUGUUGGUCCAAGCGGUUGAUAAUUAUGAUUACGGUUUCCUCACGGGUGAGAGUCGUAAGGCUUUCCACACGAUUACAGUGACGGUGACCGAUGUUAACGACGAAACGCCGACAAUUGUUCCCCAAACGAGUGACUGUGCGGUCGUUAAUGAGUUUCAUCCGAUCAGAGAUAUGAUUACUUAUGUGACAGCCAUUGAUGGCGACGACGACGCCAGCUCUACGUUUGGAAAGUUUAAGAUCGAUAGGGAAACGGGCGCGAUUGUUGUGUCAAAUGUGUUGAAUCGGGAAGACAUGUCUCAAUAUAAGCUGUUGGUCCAAGCAGUUGAUAAUUAUGAUUACGGUUUCCUUACGGGUGAGAGUCGUAAGGCUUUCCACACGAUUACAGUGACGGUGACCGAUGUUAACGACGAGACGCCGACAAUUGUUCCCCAAACGAGUGACUGUGCGGUCGUUAAUGAGUUUCAUCCGAUCAGAGAUAUGAUUACUUAUGUGACAGCCAUUGAUGGCGACGACGCUAAUACUCCGAAUGGGAAAGUCGUGUUUGCUAUAAUCGAUGGCAAUGAGGACCGGCUGUUUGACUUUGAACAGUCGCCUCCAAACGCGGCCAAACUUAUCAGUCGAUUCUCACUACGAGGUCGAGUCGGCAACUAUACGGUGACAGUGAAGGCAUCAGAUGGUGGUCAGCCCCAACUCUCCUCCACAGCCAAAGUUCACAUUUGCGUGACUGAUGUGAAUGAUCACAACCCGGUGUUCGUGAAGCCGCCCUCCAAUAUAACCAUAAGAAUCGCAGAGAACGCAACCAUUGGCUCUACUGUUGUCGACGUGAAGGCCACCGAUGAGGACACGGGUGUGAACGCUGUCAUCAGAUAUAAGUUGAGACAAUUGCCAAACAAUCACUGGAAGUCAUUCGCCAUUAACGAUGUGACGGGUGUUAUAACUGUAGCCAAACAGUUGGAUAGAGAGGCGCAGAGAGUUCACGAACUCCGAGUCCAGGCCUACGACAUGGGCGAACCCACCUCCCUGUCCACUGAUUUAGAUUUGACUAUUUUGGUGGCAAAUGUCGAUGAUUUUGAACCAGAGUUCACUCAAGACGUCUUCCAAGUGGUCUUUACUGAGAAUACACUUCCGGACAAAGACGACUACGACCUCAUAGACCCUGCGGUGGGCUUUAAGUCGAUCCCCUGUUAUUACAUCGUUGGCGGCGAUGGAGGCGAUCGGUUCCGAUUGAAUACAUUCACUCACGAACUGACGACAACUCAAUCGCUAGACCGCGAACUCAAAGACAACUACACUCUUAUAGUUCAGGCGACCAAUGAUUGCUUCAAAGUGCCGCCGAAUAUCACUCACUUCGACCAUAAAGACAAUUCACUUCUUCACGUGUUGAUAGGAGUGCGCGAUGUGAACGACAACUCACCCAAAAUGAUCAAAAAGGUGUUCACCGGAGGCUUCACGACUGAUAUCGACUUCGGAACCGUUUUAAUGGAAGUGAAAGCUGUGGACAAAGACAUGGGCGCCAACUCUGUCGUCAAUUACUAUAUCAUAUCAGAAGUGCGACAAACAUUGACCGAAGGUUUAGACACAUUAAGCGCCGAACCAUUUGCUAUAAACCGGAUUACGGGUGAAAUUAGUCUCAACUUUGAUCCUCAGAAGGAUAUGAAGGGAUACUUCGAGUUCGAUGUGUUGGCCAACGACACCGACGGACUCGCAGACAGUGCCAGAGUUUUUAUAUACUUAUUAAGAGACGACCAAAGGGUGAGAUUUAUCCUACGAUUGACUCCACAAGAGUUGCGGGAAAAGUUGGAAAAGUUUAGGGAUGUGUUGGCCAACAUAACCGGCGCCACCGUUAAUAUCGAUAGCUAUAAGAUUCACGAGAAUAGAGACGGUUCUGUCGAUCAGAAAAAAACUGAUUUAUACUUACAUUUUGUGAAUCGCGAGGACAAUAGCAUUCUCGAAGUGAAUGAUGUUUUGUCUCUAAUCGAUAAAAAUAUUGAAUAUUUGGACGAAUUAUACAAAGAAUUCAAUGUUUUGGUCUCCGAACCGACACAGAGUUUGGAGUAUUUCUUGGAAUGGGAGGACCAGUUGAAGGCAUGCCUGUUAGGGACGACNUGUUUUGGUCUCCGAAGUAUGAAUUACAGUGAGAUUCGAAGUUUGGAGUAUUUCUUGGAAUGGGAGGACCAGUUGAAGGCAUGCCUGUUAGGGACGACAGCCUUUUUGGGCCUUCUUUUAGUGUUAGUCAUCUGUUUGUGUCUGAACCAGAAGUCACGGUAUGAGCGACAACUGAAAGCGGCGACCGUUCCUGUGUUUGGCGGCGAAAGCCAAUUGACUCGAUGUAAUGUCCCCAACACUAACCAACACGCCAGCGAGGGGUCCAACCCUAUGUGGAUGACCGGGUAUGACAACCGGUGGUACGACAAGGACGAGGAACAGAUCAGCCACCGAUCGAGUGGUGAUAACUCGUUGGACGAGAACGCAAUCGCCAGCCAUUCGCCGGACGACUCGCUCGAUGGUAGCGCCGGUCGCGAGUCCGGGGGCUCCUCCGCCUCCACCACCACUAACGACAAGCAGGCCCUCUGCAGGGGGUUGGCUGUGGGUCGGGUCACCCCUCAGAAUAUAACACUCCCGCAGAAUAUCAAUCACAUCACUAUUAGUCAUAAUAAUAAGAAUAAUAACAAUAAUAUAAAUAUAGUGAAGAAAUUAGCGCCAAAACCGCCCCAAAAGCCGCCGAAUAGUGUUCCGGUCGGCGCUAAACAGGCGAUGAGCGCCGGCAGUCACGCCCGACAGCCAUCGCACCCAAAGCUCAGCGCAAAUGGUGUCAUAUCUAAACCAAUCGCUGCGUCCAAUCAAAGAAGUAUUAGUAAUAUCCAGUCAUCGGUGGUAAGGAUGGCAGUUAAGGUACAACAAGCGGCGCGCGUUUCGGACGUGUCUCGAGCGCCGGCACCCGUGGACCCGGCCUACCAGACGCUGACGAUCACC